UUUAGUGACACUGCUGGCUAAUAGCGUCUGCGCAUGCGCAGUUGUGUCUUUUUUUUUUCCGCGUUGAAUAGAGUUCCGUGAAGGCGUAACUGUUUUCGGUGUAAAUCGCUGGUUUUAGUGAUUUCCCAUAAAAAAUACGUUCGUCGUGUUUCCGUUCGACAAAAUCUCGCUGUGCUCUUUUGUUAAAGGCGAGUAGGUAUGCUAACUAGCGAGUUCCUUCCGUCUUGCUAAGUAAGUGACCCUGUGGAAGCUACUAGCUAGCGGCUAGUGCAGCUAAGUAACUUUGACAGUUAGGAGGCGAACACCGCGCUAAGUGUAUUUGUCAGUAAAGUUAGUUAGUUAGUAUGAGUUGCUCUUGGUGAAGUUACUGAUUUGGAUUCGAGGCUCAGAAAAGGUGGCCCGCUUGAUUUCCACUUGGAUUAGCUCACUGAAGGAGUGUCCGCUCUGUAGUUCCAUGUGAAAUGGCCAAGAAGACCUAUGAUUUACUGUUCAAGCUCCUGCUCAUUGGAGAUUCAGGAGUUGGCAAGACAUGUGUGUUGUUUCGCUUUUCGGAUGACGCGUUCAACACCACGUUUAUCUCAACAAUCGGAAUAGAUUUCAAAAUCAAGACUGUUGAGCUAAAUGGCAAGAGGAUCAAACUUCAAAUAUGGGAUACAGCUGGACAGGAGCGUUUUCACACCAUCACAACCUCUUACUACAGAGGAGCCAUGGGGAUCCUGCUGGUUUAUGACAUUACCAACGCCAAAAGCUUCGAGAAUAUCAGCAAAUGGCUGCGAAACAUCGAGGAGCAUGCAAACGAGGACGUGGAAAGAAUGCUGCUCGGUAACAAGUGUGAUAUGGAAGACAUGCGUGUGGUCCCUAAAGCAAAAGGAGAACAAAUUGCCUCCGAACACAACAUCCGCUUCUUUGAAACGAGUGCAAAAGCGAACAUCAACAUUGAAAAAGCUUUUCUGAUGCUUGCUCAGGACAUUUUGCAAAAGACCCCUGGAAAGGAGCCGACCAAUGAAAACGUUGACAUGAACAACAGAAGUGGCUCUGCAGGAGGGCUGAGGUGUUGCAGUUGAACAGCAGUCUCUCCUGCUUUGCUUCCAAAAACCCUCACCCCAUUUACAAUGCACAAGUUUGAUCUCUUACACCUAUGUUUAACCUAAAUGCUCAUUUAUGCUGGACAAGACCUUCAUCUCUCACUGUACUUUUAACUGAAAACAGAACCUAAAUUUCCCCUAAUUUUCUGUUAACAGUAUUAGAUCAAACAGGACCUUUGUUACUUUAGUGAUGCUCUGACAGCAGCACUGUGUACAGGGAAACCGAGUCGAAUAAUCACAUCGGUAAAUACAAAAAAAAGGGACACGUAACAUUUAACAUUCAUGUUAUUGUGAACUCUGUGCCUUAAUGCCGUUUAAAAAGAGUUCAGAGUAGCUCAUUGGACAUUCUUUUUAUUUUUUUAUUUUUUAUUUUUUUCGGGAUAGCAGUCGACUUACUGAACUGUGAAUGAGUGUCUUACAUGACACUUCCCCCCUUCUAACAUUCGAGGUUGUGCCUUAUAACCUGCAGCAACGAAGUCGAAAAAACUGUUCUCUGUUAUUCCACAGUGUCGCGUUUAAAUACGCACAACGCACAUGCAAUGCCUUUAAAGGCACAGACUGGCCUGAUUGUCAUGCUCUUUAUCGUAUUAAUAAAUUGCACGUCGAACAAGUCAGCGUAAGGUAUCGCAUUCAAUAGAAAUACUUCAUGAGAUUUAUGUUUGGUUCUAUGGUUAGUCAUUUUUCUUAAGGAUAAGUUCAAAUUAAUUGUACGCACUUGUUUAAUGAACAAAUGCUGCUCAGUCCCUCUGUCGUUUUAUCUGUCUGCGAUUCCGCACUUUAGGGACUCUGCUGAACAAGUGAGUCCCAGAUUCAAAGGUCUAUUCUGGUUAUAUGUGUGAGAUUUUAGGCUCUUGAAAUGAUCCAUGCCUAAUACAAUGUUUGGCUGCUCUUUGGUGUGUGUGUGUGUGUGUGUGUGUGAACAACAAAAUUUUUAUAUAUAUAUAUAUAUAUAUAUAUAUAUAUAUAUAUAUAUAUAUAUAUAUAUAUAUAUAUAUAUAUAUAUAAUAUAAUUUUUUCUUCCCUUUCAGGAUUUUGGGGUCAGUAGGCAUCACUUCCCUGUCCUUUUUUGCAUUAAUUAUAAUUUUCAUUACACAAUUGCAGUGGGGUGCAGAGGACCUUUAUUUUUUUGCUGAUGGUGAUGGGAAGAUCAGAAUACAUUCAUAUUUCAGAGCAGUGACUGAUGACGUACUAACUGUAAAGGUAUUUUAAAAUGUCAGUUGUUUGGGUCGUUAGUGGUUUUUGUCAGCUUUACUGAGUUGGGUGGAAUUUUCUAAAUUUCUUCUGAAUAUUCUCGUAAACAGGCAUUACUAUUGUUCAGUAAGUGUUGACAGGUAUACCUUGGCUUUCUCUCUGUAUCAAAAUAACAGCUUUAUUAUUAUUAUUAUUAUUAUAACUUCUUACUGGUAUAUUUAGCACUUUUUUUUUAACUGAUAUAUGAUGCAAGUACACUAGUUAAUUGACAAGAUGACUUGAAAACUAGUUGUGAAGGUGGACACUGGCCAUCCGACAUCAAACACAGGAUCCUACUUGGUUACUAAGUAUGUACUUUCCUAGUUUUUAUAAAGGUCUAAAUUGUGACUGGCCAGUGUCCUCCUUUUGUUCAGGCUAAGAACUGACAUUGGUUUACAUUUGAAUAACUAAUUCUGUAAUAAUAGAAGAUCAGAAUGACAAAUAAAAUGUUUCUUGGAACUAGAA